UCACUUUGCUCAUAAAAUGUGUCCAUUAGCAGAAACACAGUGACAUAUAUCAAGUGUCAACAACAGAAACUACACUUAAAUUGAAUGCGUCUAAUCCACAUCAACCAUUCCUACCCACCAACCAAAAUUGCAACCAAAAAAAAAGAAAAGAAAACCUAACACACACACAACUCCAAGACUAUAAAAAUGUGAUAUCCACAUAAUUCGAAGAUGAUUAAGUCAAAAUGCAGAACAUCAAAGUUAAAAUUCUGAUAGCCACAAUCCUACUAGGUGUAGGCCUCAGCGGGGGAAUAUACGUUCCGGCAGUGACCGACAUAAUAACCUUGGGCGAGCAGAGGCUAGCCGCCGUAUUCCCAAUCAUUCAGAAUUUCAAGAGCAUCAUAACCUCGGACCCCUUCAACGUCACGGCCACGUGGACAGGCGGGGACGUGUGCGCCUACCGAGGCUUCUACUGCGAGAGCCCGCCCGACAACCAGUCCGCCACCGCAGUCGCCUCGAUCGACUUCAACGGGUUCCGCCUCGCCGCCCCGACGCUGGACGGCUUCCUCGACCGGCUCCCGGACCUCGCCCUCUUCCACGCCAACUCGAACGACUUCGGCGGCGCCAUCCCCGCGGGGGCCGCGUCGCUCCCGUACCUCUACGAGCUCGACGUCAGCAACAACCGCCUCUCGGGCCCCUUCCCCGAGGCCGUCCUCCGCAUGCCGGGCCUCGUGUUCCUCGACCUCCGCUUCAACGCCCUCGCGGGGGCCGUCCCGCCUCAGCUCUUCGCCCGCGCCCGCGCCCUCCGCGCCCUCUUCAUCAACAACAACCUACUCGCCACGCGCCUCCCCGACAUCCCGGGGGGCCCCACAAGCAUCGUGUACCUCACGCUCGCAAAUAACCGACUCUUCGGCCCGGUCCCGACCAGCAUCUCUACAACCUUCUCGAAUGUCUCCGAGAUUCUUCUUCUCAACAACCUCCUGAGCGGCUGCCUCCCGUAUGAGAUCGGGCUGCUCCCGGAGGCGGCCGUCAUCGACCUCGGGGGCAACCGCCUCACGGGGCCGGUGCCGUGGUCGCUGGGGUGCCUGCGGAGCCUGGAGGUGCUGAACCUCGCCGGAAACAAGCUGUACGGGCAGGUGCCGGAGGUGAUGUGCUGCCUGGGGAAGGCGGCGAACCUGUCGCUGUCGGACAACUAUUUCACGCGCCUGGGACCCGCGUGCUGGCGGCUGAUGGUCAGCGGGGUUCUGGACGUGAGGAGGAAUUGCAUACCGGGAUUUCCGGCGCAGCGCUCGCUCGCGGAGUGCGCGGCGUUUUUCGGGCGCCCCAGGUUUUGCCCGUACACGCGGAUGUACGGGCAUAUCCCGUGCCGCCUGCCGCCGCGCUACGUGGCCUCCGCCUCUGAGUGGCCUCAGCUUGCUCCGUCGCCGUCGUGAUCUUCGUUCCUACUAACACUUUGUUGUUGGAUUCAUCGUAAAUAAAUGUGGAUAUUUGUCAUAUACACUACUACUUAAUUUGCUUGAUUUCAGUUUUAUAAA